GGAAGUGCGAACGGAGUCGCUUCCGCUUCCGGUGUACGGGAGUGGCGUGGAACGUAAACACUGGUAGUAGGCAGCUGUCGCCAGAAUGGCUUCCUUUGGAUGGAAGAGGAAAAUUGGUGAAAAGGUCUCAAAAGUCACAUCCCAGCAGUUUGAAGCUGAAGCUGCUGAUGAGAAGGGCGUAGUGGAGAAUGACGAUGUUAACUGGCUUCAUGCAAUUAAACGAAAGAAAGCAAUUCUCCUAGAAGAUUGUGCAGAGAAGAGUAAACGGCUAAAGGAUGAAGGUGCAGUUUUGGCAGAGAACAGGAGGUACUGGGAGGCAAUUCACAAAUGGGAUGAAGCACUUCAGUUAACUCCAGAUGAUGCUACCCUGUAUGAGAUGAAAUCACAGGUUCUGAUGUCUCUUCAUGAAAUGUUCCCUGCAGUUCAUGCAGCAGAAAUGGCUGUUCAGAGAAAUCCACAUUCGUGGGAAGCUUGGCAAACUCUGGGACGUGCUCAGCUUGGUUUAGGGGAGAUUGUCUUGGCAAUUAGAAGUUUCCAAGUGGCCUUGCACAUCUAUCCAAUGAAUCCUGAAAUAUGGAAAGAAGACCUUUCCUGGGCAAGAACAUUGCAAAAGCAGCAGAAGGAAGCGCAGAGGAUUAAAAGAACUGAAACGCCAGCUGAAGAAAUACAUAUUUCACCAAAAUCGAUUCCAGACUAUGACUUUGAAAGCGAUGAGAUUGUUGCUGUUUGUGCAGCUAUUGCAGAAAAACAGAAGACAGUUUCAGCAAAUAAAACAAUGGUGAUUGUGUCGGCAUCUGGGACUGUAGAGACUGUAACUGAGAAGGAAGAAGGGGCCGCAAUUCCAGAUGGUUCUGUUUUUAUCAAAGCUCGAUAAAACAAUGCAUGUAACUUGAAUCGAGCUUGUUGAGCAUCUCUUAAAAGUUUUAGCAGCAGAGAAUUCCAUCCAUAAGAAACAGGGUGAAACCAAUAAUUUUAAGAUGAGAUAUUUGAAAACUUAAUGGUAGAAUCAUUGCAUAAUGUCUGGUCAGCAUUUUGAUGACUUAUGACUUAGAAUUUUAACCUCGAGAAAUGUGAGUAAAAUUUUGAAGGAUUAACACAUUUUGUUUAGUUUUAGUAUAUUAAAGCACUCAUUUUAUUAAUGCAUAACUUGAAAAGCGAAAGCUUAUGAAAAAUACAGCAGGUCCCUUUUGUCAUUUGUGGAUACACAUGAAGACUUGAUUGUUGUGAAUUGGUUAUUCAAAUCAAUAUUUAUUUUUUGAAAUUGGGAAAGUGGCAGGUUUUCCCUCUGUCUUCAAAAUAUAGGUAUUUAGGUGAAAAGAAGAUUGAACCUAAAAGCAUUUAGGCAUUGUAAUGAAAAGGGAGAGUUAAUAGUCAAAGUUAAUAGUCACAAAAUAUCAUCAGGAAUAUGGAAUAUAGGAAUGUCAUGUAGAAUCUUGGAAACUUCAACAAAAAAUGUAUACAUAUCUAUAUGUUCAAAGCAAUUUCUGAUACUUCUCUUAACUUGGAUCUAUACAUUUGGUUUUUCAAAAACAAAUUAGAUUUUUGUAAAUUUCAAAUUUCAAAACCAUAUUAGAAAAGAAAAAGGUUAUUGAUCUAUAAUGUUGUUUCCUCUCCCUCCAACAUAUAUCAGAUGUGUCAGAUUGAUAAUAAAAAGCAUUAUCCUGACAUUAAAAUGUUUUUGUUGUAAAAAAAAAAAGAGUAAGCAAUCCCUGCCACAAAUGAAUCAUUUUAAAAAGGUGGACCUUUAAAUUUAUUAUAAAUGUUUUUUUUUUUUUUACAGCUAGAGCACAAUAACAUGCAUACCCUUUUCCAGUUUAAAUUCUGUGUUUUCCUUAAUUUUAAAGCUUACGUUACCUUCGUGGUUAUUUAAUAUGUGAUAUUUAAGAAGGUAGAUUUUUAUUUUCAGCCUAUGGAACUUGAUAGGAGCUAUCUCUAUUGGAUAAGAACAUGGCUUACCAUUAAAAAAUAGGUAAAUUCUGUCCUUAAAAAGUGAGGAUGAAAUUAUUAGUUCUUAAGUCACUAACUCAUUGUCAUGUCUAUAACUUAGAAUCUAAAAGUUCAUUCUUUAUAUUGCUAACCACCAGGAAUUACUGAAGAUAUCUUUGAAUGAAAAUUAUCAAAUGCAUAUAAAAAUAAACAUCUUUGCUAAUGCAAGUUGAUUUUAUGAUUCACCAGUAUAAUAUACCAUUAAGUAGAAGUUUUAUCUUAUUCCUGAAUCUCAGAAAGAUAUAUUUUGGUGUUAAGGUCAGUUACCUUUGACAAGAAUCAAAGUAAUCUGCUUCAUUAUGGGGAUUUUGUUUUCCUCAUCUACAUUGGAGGCAGGUCAUUUGAUGGAUUUUUGACAGGAUCUUUGGGUGCUUUACUCGGAGAUGGAGAAAUCAGCAGAUUAAUUCUGCUGUGGAAAGUAUUGUACUAUGUAUUUGAUCUAUUGGGGAGAUGGUUCCAGAUAGAAUGGUAAGUUAUAUACCCUAAAUACAAAAUACUUAUUGUUUUAAAUAAUUACAAAUUGGGUAAGUAUAGAUGUGAACAGUCUUGUAAUUUCACAUAUUGUUUGUGUGAUGGAUGUUUAUGCUUUCUUGUUUAUUGUUAAAUUCGUGUAUAAAUAAAGUUGUGGGGUUUUCUGCAAUCUCAAGUUUUUGAUUUUACUUAAAGUACGGUAGAUUUUUUAAAAUAGUGCAAUAAACUUUUAUUGUUUCCUUUAUGUGUCUCCUUUCUUAGGAGAUAACACAAAUUCUUUUGUAGAUAUUUAGCCCUAUUUAUUUUUUUCUACUAUUGGAAAGAGUGAUAUAAAGACAGAGUAAACAAUUAAAUUGCUUUGUAAUCUUUCCUUCACGUGAAGGUGAAACCUCUGUCAGUCUCUGCCAGGGCAUAUGGUUCUUAGUAUAAGUUAUCAAUUCAUGGAGCUGCUGUAUAGCCACUAGAAUAUUAAAAAAAUUAAACUGAGACUUAAUUUUUCAUUUUUCUUAAGUAUGCAAAUCAGACUGUUCUCCCCUUUAACCAAAUAAAGUCUUAUACUAUUG